AUGAUAGCUCAGAUAUAUGUGGAUGAUAUAGUUUUUGGUGGGAUGUUAGAUAGGAUGGUUAAAAAAUUUGUCAAUCAAAUGCAAUCUGAGUUUGAGAUGAGUCUUGUUGGAGAAUUGACAUAUUUUCUUGGGCUGCAAGUUAAACAAAUGGAAGACUCCAUUUUCCUCUCUCAAAGCAAAUAUGCCAAGAAUAUUGUCAAAAAGUUUGUAAUGGAUAAUGCUAGUCACAAAAGAACACCUGCACCUACUCAUCUAAAGUUAUCUAAAGAUGAAUGUGGUACUAGUGUUGACCAAAGUCUGUAUAGGAGUAUGAUAGGGAGCCUGCUGUAUCUAACAGCUAGCAGACCUGAUAUUGCUUUUGCAGUUGGAGUGUGUGCUAGAUAUUAA